AUAAUAUAACCCUAAUCUUAAUAAUGAAUAACACAAACUAUUCAUUCUCUCUUCUUCCUCAUUCUUCACCUAUACUAUUGUCAUGUUUAGACAUGUCUCUAUUAAACUCUUUUUUUUUUUUUUUUACAAAGUGACAAAUUUUAUUGUCUUUGACUAGACAUGAAAGAAGUCUUUCCCAUAUAGUACCAAUAAACAAAGUGUCUCUAUUAUUUUUUCAGUUUCAAAACAAACAUGAAAAGUUUCAGUUUCAACACCUUCCAAACACUCUUUCUCUUUUAUCUCUCAACUUCAACCAUUUUCUUCUCACCACCUUCAAUCUCUGCUUCUUCUUCUUCUUCUUCUUCUACCUUAACAACAACCCAAAUCCUUAAAAUCAACCAAACCCUUUUGUCACCAACAGGAAUUUUCCAACUCAGUUUCUUUUCCUACAACAAUUUAUCCUGGUACCUAGGAAUACGUUACAACAUCGACCAUGAUAACAGAACAGUGGUUUGGGUUGCAAACAGAAAGACCCCAAUUCAAAAUCCCAACACUUUUCUCAAAUUAACCGACACAGGAAACCUUAUUAUCACCGAUCAAUCCAACAAAAUCAUCUGGGCCACUGAAAAAAUCAAUAAAAAUUCAACCUUUAAAAAAAACCCAAUUCUUCAGAUUCUUGAUUCUGGGAAUUUAGUUAUAUCAGAAUCACCAAAUGAAAACGAGGCAACAAAGUUUUUAUGGCAAAGUUUCGAUUUUCCAACAGAUACUUUGUUACCUGGUAUGAAACUUGGUUGGAAUUUUGACACAAACACAGAAAAACAUAUAAACUCAUGGAAAGUAACAGAUCAAGAUCCUUCAAUUGGUGAUAUAUCUUUCAAGAUGCAUUAUCAUGGUGUUCCAGAAAUUUUUCUUUGGAACAAAAAUAGGAGAAUUUAUAGAAGUGGGCCAUGGAAUGGUAAAAGAUUCAGUGGUGUACCUGAGAUGCAACCAUUUACUGAUUCAAUUCAAUUCACUUUUGUUCAGAAUGAUCAUGAAGUUUAUUAUACAUUUUCAAUUGUGAAUGAAUCAUUGUUUUCAAGACUCAGUGUAGAUUCAAUAGGUGAACUUCAAAGACUUACAUGGAUACAUAGUAGAAAAAUUUGGACUAAAUUUUGGUAUGCACCAAAAGAUCAAUGUGAUAAUUAUAAAGAGUGUGGUCCAUUUAGUAUAUGUGAUACAAAUGCUUCACCUGUUUGUAAUUGUAUUAAAGGAUUUCAUCCUAAGAAUCAUCAAGCUUGGAAUUUGAGAGAUGGAUCUGAUGGAUGUUUGAGGGAUAAUAAGUUGGAUUGUGUGAGUGAUAGGUUUUUGCAUUUGGGGAAUGUGAAGUUACCUGAGACAAGUAGUGUUUUUGUGAAUAGAAGUAUGAGUCUUUUGGAAUGUGGUGAUUUGUGUCAGAAGAAUUGUUCUUGUAAUGGUUAUGCUAAUAUUGAGAUUGUUAAUGGUGGAAGUGGUUGUGUUAUGUGGCUUGAUCAACUUAUUGAUAUUAGAGCUUAUCCUGUUGGUGGUCAAGAUCUUUUUGUCAGAUUAGCAGCUUCUGAUGUAGAUGAUGAAGUGGUAAGAGAAAGUUCUGAUCGCAAGACAGCUAAGGCUAUUGGCAUUAUGGCUGGGGGUGCAGCUGUUAUAUUUUUGGCAGUAGGAAUAUGUUUCUUGUGGAGGAAGAAAAAAUUGCAGUUUCUAUUAAAUUUGAAAGGGAAGUCUGAAAAAAGAGGUUCAUUGGAAAAAAGUCAGGAUUUGCUUAUAACUGAAGGAGUGUUUACAAGUAAUAGAGAACAAUCAAGUGAAACUAAUAUGGAUGAUCUAGAAUUGCCAUUCUUUGAUUUUAAUACCAUAAUUAUGGCUACAAAUAAUUUCUCUGAACAAAAUAAACUUGGACAAGGAGGCUUUGGUAUUGUUUACAAAGGUAGGUUAUUGGAAGGUAAGGAAAUUGCGGUAAAGAGAUUAUCAAAAAAUUCCGGUCAAGGUGUUGAAGAAUUUAAAAAUGAGGUAAAGUUGAUUGUCAAGCUUCAACAUCGAAACCUUGUUCGGCUACUUGGUUGCAGCUUUCAAAUGGAUGAAAAGGUGCUAGUUUAUGAGUACAUGGAAAAUAGAAGCCUUGAUGCCAUUUUGUUUGACAAAGUUAGAAGAUCCUCACUACACUGGCAAACACGCUUCAACAUUAUAUCCGGAAUAGCUAGAGGACUUCUUUAUCUUCACCAAGAUUCUAGAUUUAGGAUCAUCCAUAGAGAUCUUAAGGCAAGCAACAUUCUACUUGACCGAGAAAUGAAUCCAAAGAUAUCAGAUUUUGGGAUGGCUAGAAUUUUUGGCACGGAUCAGACAGAGGCAAAUACAGUUAGAGUCGUUGGAACAUAUGGCUAUAUGUCACCUGAAUAUGCUAUGGAUGGAAUCUUCUCGGUGAAAUCUGAUGUUUUUAGUUUCGGCGUUCUCGUGAUGGAGAUCAUAAGUGGAAAAAAGAACCGAGGUUUCUAUUCCGCAAACAAAGAAUUGAAUCUUCUCGGUCAUAGUUGGAAGCUGUGGAAAGAAGGAAAUGCUUUGGAACUGAUUGAUUCUUCCAUUGAUAAUUCAUAUUCACAUUCUGAGGUUCUUAGAUGCAUACAAGUUGGACUAUUAUGUGUACAAGAGCGAGCAGAAGAUAGACCAACAAUGUCUUCAGUGGUGUUGAUGUUGAGUAGUGAAACAGCAACGAUAGCAGAGCCGAAAAAUCCUGGAUUUUGCUUAGGAAGCACUCCUAUUGAAACUGAUUCUUCCUCAAGUAAAAAAGAUGAAUCUUGCACAGUGAACCAAGUUACCUGCACAAUGGUAGAUGGCAGAUAGUAGAAGGCAAGGCCAAUGAACUUGUGAUUUGAAUUUUAAUUCAUAGGAUUGGUAGUGAUAUUUGCAUACAUAGAAAAGAAAUUUACUUGGCUUUAUAUUUUAGAGUAAAAUUGAAAUGGAUUCAUUACAAAUGUAAAAGGUUGCUUGAUAUGAAAUUCUUUGUAUGUAUCGCAUUGUCAUUUUUAUCUUUAUUUUUAUCUUUCGUGUAUCUUUCCAAUUAUUUUAUCUUUAUCUUACAUCUGCAAUCCCGCUUUAAUCUCCAUUAACCUAAUCCCGUCCGAAUUCUCCACGCUGGACAAGCUCAAAACAUCACAACCAUAACCAGGCUGUGUAAUUAUCGCAGGAGAGUACGGAUAUUUUUCUAAAAUAUUUUGUGAAAAUUGUGUUACAUUUCUUCAUCUAUGUUAUGCUAUUGUUUUCUGUUUUCAAUAUUAGACUGUGCAUAGAUUGCUUUGAUAUUUAUGUACUGAUGUUAUCAAGGUUCUUUUGAUAAACAAAUUUAAAAUUAUUUUUCA